UGCUGGAAGCUUCUGCCGCGGUGCACUGUGGGAUAGCCUGCAGGGGAGAGAGGGAGAGACGCCGCCGCCGAGAUGAUGCCCACACCAGUUAUCCUCCUUAAGGAGGGCACAGACUCUUCCCAGGGAGUUCCUCAGCUCGUCAGUAACAUCAAUGCCUGCCAGGUCAUUGCAGAGGCCGUUCGCACCACGCUGGGGCCCCGUGGCAUGGACAAGCUUAUUGUGGACGACCGAGGGAAAGCCACGAUUUCAAAUGAUGGCGCCACCAUCUUGAAGCUUCUGGAUGUGGUUCACCCUGCUGCAAAGACUCUUGUGGACAUCGCAAAAUCUCAGGACGCUGAGGUGGGCGACGGGACCACUUCUGUUACAUUGUUGGCUGCAGAGUUCCUGAGACAGAUCAAAUCGUAUGUGGAUGAGGGGCUUCACCCCCAGAUCAUCAUUCGAUCGUUCCGCACCGCGACUCAGCUGGCUGUGGAAAAGAUCAAAGCAAUCGCUGUCACUGUAAAGACAGACAACCUGGAAAAGCAGAAGGAGCUUUUGGAGAAGUGUGCGAUCACAGCCCUGAGCUCCAAACUGAUUGCUAUGCAGAAAAACUUCUUCGGCAAGAUGGUGGUGGACGCUGUCAUGAUGCUCGAUGACCUGCUGCCUCUGAAGAUGAUCGGCAUCAAGAAAGUGCAAGGAGGUGCACUGGAGGAUUCCAUGCUCAUUGCUGGUGUUGCCUUCAAGAAGACUUUCUCCUACGCUGGCUUUGAAAUGCAGCCCAAGAAGUACGAGAAUCCCAAGAUAUCCCUGCUCAACGUGGAGUUAGAGCUCAAAGCCGAAAAGGACAACGCAGAGGUCCGAGUCAAUAACGUGGAGGAGUACCAGGCAAUUGUUGACGCCGAGUGGAGCAUCCUGUAUGAUAAGCUGGAGAAGAUCCAUUUGUCUGGAGCCAAGGUGGUUCUGUCCAAGCUUCCCAUCGGCGAUGUGGCAACUCAGUACUUUGCUGACAGGGACCUGUUCUGUGCCGGCCGCGUCCCCGAGGAGGAUCUCAAGAGGACCAUGAUGGCUUGUGGUGGCUCCAUUCAGACCAGCGUCAAUGCCCUGACAGAGGAGGUGCUGGGAGAGUGUGCCGUGUUUGAGGAGGUGCAGGUCGGGGGUGAAAGGUACAACUUGUUCAAAGGCUGCCCCAAGGCAAGGACUUGCACCAUCAUUCUCCGCGGUGGGGCCGAGCAGUUCAUGGAAGAGACAGAGCGCUCCCUUCACGAUGCCAUCAUGAUUGUCAGACGAGCUAUUAAGAAUGACUCAGUUGUUGCUGGCGGUGGAGCGAUCGAGAUGGAGCUUUCCAAGUACCUGCGGGAUUAUUCCAGGACCAUCCCCGGCAAGCAGCAGCUGCUGAUUGGAGCCUACGCCAAGGCUCUGGAGAUCAUCCCACGCCAGCUGUGUGACAAUGCUGGCUUUGAUGCCACCAAUAUCCUCAACAAGCUACGGGCCAAACAUGCCCAGGGCGGCAUGUGGUAUGGUGUGGACGUGACUAAUGAGGACAUCGCUGACAACUUCCAGGCGUGUGUGUGGGAGCCAGCCGUAGUCCGCAUCAACGCUCUGACUGCAGCCUCAGAGGCCGCCUGCCUCAUCCUGUCCGUGGAUGAGACCAUCAAGAACCCGCGCUCCACCGUGGACGGUCAGGCCGCCCCUAAGGGUCGCGGCAGAGGCCGGCCAUUCCACUAGUGACCUCUCAGUAACCGGCCUCCCACCUGUCACUGCACAGUAACCUCAACUGAAGGUUUGUGUACUCUGGAGGUUGCUCCCACUGUCAAAUUACCUGUUGUACAUUCUUCCCAGGAGAUAAAAUGGUUUGCAAAGUGAACAAACACCAGAGUAUGCACUCAUAUACACACAAGUAUGCAUAAACACACACUCAUAUACAUACACUCAAAAUAUACAUGUACACACACACACACAUACAUACUGUCCAGAUCCUAGAAAUGUCACACUGUACACUAUUUAUUUGGACUUGUUUUUGUUAAGGAUGUGCCUGACGCCUGCCAGGAAAUAAAGGUUGACUUUUGAAAAUUA